AAAAGACCACGGCCAGCCUCCGUGCUCAAAUGAAAAACAUGUGGUCCUUUAUACUACUGUUGAUCAUUCACCUUCCCCGCAUCUCUUCUGCGUACCCCUGUUCGGUUCUGGGCGGUCCUCGUGGAGUUUGCAGGACUGGCAACGUCAUUGUUGGUGGGCUGUUUUCACUGCAUCAUCGAGUUACAGAGAUCAAUGGCACUACUGACGUGUGUGAGGGCUUCGACAUACAGUCGUUCCUCCAAACCCGAGUGAUGAUAUACUCAAUAGGAGUGAUCAACCAGUCUCCGUUGCUGCCCAACCUGACGCUGGGGUAUGAAAUGUAUGACACGUGCGGAGAUGUUACCAUGGCACUAAAAGCGGCGUUAAGCCUGAUGGCGGACAGAAUCAAUCCCGGUGAGGUGUGCUUGUCACUGGGGAACGAGCAGAACGCAUCUGAAAGCAGUGUGAAGGUUGUGGUAGGGGAACGACAUUCUGAAAUCUCUAUAGCCGUUGCUCGUCUCCUUGCUCUUCCACUAAUCCCACAGAUCAGUUUUGCUUCCACAAGCGAACUUCUCAGCAGGAAGGCCAAGUUUCCUUCCUUUCUGCGCACAGUCCCAAGUGAUGCUCAUCAAACCAAAGCGAUGGCCAAGCUGAUUGAGACACUUAACUGGGAGAUUGUUGGAGUCAUCGGCAGUGAGGAUGAAUAUGGAAAAUAUGGCGUUGAAAGGUUAAUCGAUCAUAUGAGCUCCAACGUGUGUCUAGACUUUAAGGAAAUCCUACCAUCGGUCGUUUCUCGCAAAGAGCAUCAGAAUCUGCUGAACCGCCUCAUGCAGACAGUCAAAGAGUCGACAGCUGAGGUGAUCGUGAUUUUCACCAAGACGUCGAAUGUGAGAAUUGUCCUGGAAGAGGCCAUCAGACUUGGCAUCAACAAGACCUGGAUUGCAGGCGACAGCUGGUCCACAGCGACUGAAAUACGUGACCUGAAAGGCAUUGAGCAGAUUGGGAGAGUCUACGGGUUUAUAAUGAAGCAAAACACGGUCCCAGGGUUUGAGGAGCAUGUGCGUGGCUUCACAGCACAACUUGCAGAGGAGGACAGCUUCUUCAGUGAGUACCUGACUCGAAAUCCAGCCUGUACCGGCUCACUGGACCCCGGCAAAGAUCCUCAGAACUGUUCCUUCCACAAUGCUGACGAGGAGAGCUCUACUGCUCACUGUACGAAUAUUCAGUGUCUUGUGCAGCACAUUGACCGGGAUGAAUCAUACGGAAUCUAUCUAGCAGUGAAAGUCAUAGCGCAAGCUUUGCAUAGCCUGCUGAAAUGUGACGAUAUGAAGUGUAACAGGACCGCAACGUUUACUGCCCGGGAGCUUCUAGAAGAAAUCAAACAAGUUAAUUUCACCGUGGACAACAUUACUAACAUUUCAUUCGAUCAGCAUGGAGACCCCAGUCUAGGGUAUGAUAUUCUGGCUUGGGACAUGGAGGAUGGUGGCGUGAUCUUGAAGGAGAUUGGAGAAUAUGCACCCUCUGGUGACAUUGUGUUGCCUCAGCACCUUAUCAGUGAAUGCAACAACAUCACGGUGACUGUCUACAAUUGUUCCAAAGCCUGCCCUUAUGGACAGGAGCUGAGCUUUCAUAAUAACACCUGCUGCAAGAUCUGCAACUUCUGUGCGGACAAUCAGUAUUCCGAGGGCGGGAAUAACACGUGUAGAUCAUGUAAGGACAACGAGUUUGUGUCUCCUGAUCAUGACUGCUGCGUGCCGAAAACCAUGACGUUCCUGAAAUUGACGGAUGGAUUCGCCAUCGUCCUGGCGGUGUUUGGCUUGGCGGGGCUGAUUUUCACCCUGCUGGUGGCCGUCCUGUUCAUCAAGUAUCGGGACUCGCCCAUCAUCAAGGGUACCGGGGGCAACCUGUGCUUCCUCAUCCUCAUCUCCCUCGCCACAAGCUUCAGUAGCGUGUGCACAUUCUUUGGAAGGCUCUCGGACCGCACCUGUAAGGCGGGCCUGCCGCUCUUCAUCCUCAGCUUCUCCCUCUGCGUCUCCUGCAUCCUGGCCAACCUCUUCCAGAUCUGCGUCGGCUUCGCCUUCGAGGCCAAGGUCCGCGACAGGCUGAAGAGACUCAACAACCCCGUGGCCAUAGUGACGGGCUGCAUGGCCGUCCAGGUGGCUCUGUGCACCAUGUGGCUGACUUUGUUCCCGCCCUUCCGAAAGACGGUCCCCUCCGAGCACCACAUCCUCAUUCGGUGCGACAACGGCUCCAACGUGAUGUUCGCCGUGUCGUUGGGCUACAUCUCCUUCCUGGCCGUCGUCUGCUUCCUGUUCGGCUUCAAGGGAAAGCGGCUGCCGGACCUGUACAAGAACGCCAGCUUCAUCACCAUCAGCAUGCUCAUCUACCUGGUGGCCUGGAUGCUCUUCAUCCCCGUCUACAUCAAAACGUCCGGGAAGUACGUGCAAGCAGUGCAGGCGUCAGCCAUUUUGGUGUCCAACUACAGCAUCCUGGGAUGCCACUUCUGCCCCAAGUGCUACAUCAUCCUGUUCAGGAAGGAGCUCAACAACGAGAAGGCCAUCCUGGAGUACAUCCGGAAGCAUUACGAGAAGAAGGGCGUGUCGCCUGUCACCACUGACAAGUGAACCACAAGCAAACCACAAAGUUCUUUUCCUUUAUUUCUUUUUAUUUAUGUUUUUUCUAUUAAAGGUCCAAUUGGUAAUUGUGGACUCCGAACAGUCAAGCGAGGAAUUGCAGCAACAAACACCCUCAAACCACAACAUGCAUGCAUGUUUUGGAAAGUUAACAGUGACAGAGCCUACCGUCUUUUUCGUUGUGUUCUAGGAAGAAAAUGUUCACCGAACAGGUGAAUUGAUGGAAUGUUCACUUUAGUGUGCUGUACAACACUAUGUAUAUGUUUUGUCUUUUUGAAGUUUUCACAUUAGCUAACCAACCAUAUUAUGAGCAAGCAACAUAUGUGGCUAUGGAAGUAACUGGAUAUAUAACGAAGAUAUGAUAGUGUCAUACAAAUGAUGCAACUGCAUCUUACAGUUUGAGACAAAUAAAGGUUUCGCUAAACACGCAUGAUUGGACAUGCAAAAAGAUAAAAGGAAUGCGUAGCUGCCCGAAUUGCACACCAUACAAGCGAUCACUGAAACUCUGUAUACUAUUGCUUAUCUCGUUAGAAAACAAGACCAGUUCGCUAUCAGUGACAACAAGCAAAUUA